AUCGGUGUUUAUGAAGAAUAAUACUGAACAGAUCAUCUUAACAUGUUAAACAACUUAUGUGCCGUUUAGAAGAACUUUACACAGAUGGUGAUGGAAAUUAUAAGAUGCAGGUCGUAUGUUUUUGGUUUGCUGGUUCUUGUCCAUUCCAGUCAGUAUUUCACAAAUGCAGCUGACGACACCAGACCAAACUUUGUUCUCAUGAUGGUAGAUGAUUUGGGCAUCGGAGAUAUCGGCUGCUAUGGAAACAACACCAUCAGAACACCAAACAUCGACAGACUGGCGGCAGAUGGGGUGAAGUUGACUCAACACAUCGCGGCUGCUCCUCUCUGCACUCCCAGCAGAACGGCGUUCAUGACCGGCCGCUACGCUCUGCGCUCUGGUUUGGGCAGCACAGGAAGAGUGCAGGUGAUUUUAUUCCUGGGAGGAUCUGGAGGGCUUCCACCCAAUGAAACCACCUUCGCCAAACGUCUGCAACAGCAGGGGUACUACACUGGCAUUGUGGGUAAGUGGCAUUUAGGUGUGAACUGUGAGAGCAGAAACGAUCACUGUCACCAUCCGAACAAUCACGGCUUUGAUUUCUUCUACGGACUGCCCUUCACUAACUUUAACGACUGUAAGCCGAACGAAGGUUCAGAUGUGCUGGUGGAUCUGCAGCAAACGCUGUGGCAGAUGUCUGCGCUGGUGGCACUCGGGAUUCUAACGCUGCUGCUGGUGCGAGCCGUCGGCCUGCUGGAGGUCAGCGUGAAACUCAUGGUGUUCCUCGCCGUCCUCUCAGUUCUGUGCUUCAUGGUGUGGUACGUGCCCUUUAAACUCCUGCGCAUGUGGAACUGCAUCAUCAUGAGGAACGAGCUGGUGGUGGAGCAGCCGAUAAACCUGCAGACGCUCAACGCAAGACUCAUGAGGGAAGCAGAGCAGUUUGUGGAGAGACACAGAGACGGGCCCUUCCUGCUGUUCCUGUCAUUUGCACACGUGCACACGCCACUUUUUGUGUCCGAGGGUUUCGCCGGAAAGAGCAAACAUGGGCUUUAUGGAGACAAUGUUGAAGAAGUUGACUGGAUGGUUGGUCGAAUGGUUCAGACCAUUGAAAGAUUCGGCCUGUCAGAUAAAACCAUGAUGUACUUCACAUCUGAUCACGGCGGUUACAUCGAAGAUUCAGAUGCUCGCGGUCAGAAAGGAGGCUGGAACGGCAUCUAUCGUGGUGGUAAAGCUAUGGGUGGCUGGGAGGGGGGGAUUCGCGUGCCCGGAAUAUUCCGCUGGCCCGGGCGACUCACCGCGGGGCGAGAAGUGACUGAACCAACAAGUCUGAUGGACGUCUAUCCCACACUGGUCAAGCUUGCAGGCGGAGAGCUACCACAAGACAGAACUGUGGACGGUCAUGAUCUGAUGCCGCUGUUAGAGGGCAGAACGGAUCGCUCACAGCACGAGUUCAUGUUUCAUUACUGUGGCAUGUAUCUCAACGCUGCACGCUGGCACCCAACCGACAGUGACUCUGUGUUCAAGGUUCAUUUCUUCACUCCAAACUUCUCUCCACCUGGAGCCAUUGGUUGUUACGACACAAUGAUCUGCCAGUGUUAUGGAGAGUUUGUCACGUUUCACGACCCUCCUCUGAUGUUUGACCUCAGCAGGGAUCCGUCAGAAAGCCGUCCUCUCUCAGCAGAGACUGAACCACGGUAUGCUGAGGUGCUGCAGCGAGUCGAUCGUGCUGUGAAGGAGCAUCGCAAAACACUAAGGCCUGUGGAAAAUCAGCUGACCUGGGCGAACAUCCUGUGGAAACCGUGGUUACAGCCAUGCUGUGGGACAUUCCCGUUCUGCAUGUGCUCAGAGAGCAACUCGACUUCUACUAACACAGCGUGAAGGAUAUAAAACAUCAGGACGAGGUUAUUAUGGCUUGAAAAAAAGGAGUGUUGACUCUGAACUUAAAGGGAUAGUUCACCCAAAAAUAAACAGUUUCUCUCAUCAUUUACUCACCCUCAUGCCAUCCCAGAUAUGUAUGAACUU